CCCAUGAGCGGGACAGAUGCCGUCUUCUCUCCCGCUGUCGUGUUUUGUUUCAAAUUGACGUCCUUAUGGUUGAUCCAUUAUCUCAAUUGUGAGCCAAUACAUUGUUUGCAUCGACCGGUGUAGUGAUUUCAGAUAAUUCGAGAGACCUUGUGCUGCGAUUUUACUUGUCGGAGAGGGUGUGUUUAAGUUGCAAGAAAGUCUAAAAAGAGAUAGAAUGGCUGAUGUUGAAGGUGCCAAAGCUAAGGCUCACCAGGAUGCCGAGAGUAUUUUGAAAUCGGCUGACAGGAAAGUCGACGAAGCACUUGCUGGCUCUGAUUAUGAGCAAGGUGCGAAGACUAAUGCCGAUAGUGAUGCCACCGUAGGCGACAAAGCAUCAAAUGCUGGCGAGCAGAUGAAAGAAUCAACAGGCUCUGCAUGGGAAUCCACCAAGCAGAAAACUUCUGAUGCUAUUGAAACCACCAAACAAAAAGCUUCUGAUGCCAUGGGAACCACCAAGGAGAAAGCUCCUGAGGCUAAGGAUGAAGGUGGAAGUCUGUUCCAGACGGCGGGGGAGAAGGUGAAAGCGGCAGCGUCAUCGGCCUACGACUCCGUAGAUAAGGCCAACCGUUAUGAAACGUACCAAGCAAAAGAGUAGGCACACUACUCGGAAGGGAUGGUUGUGCAUCGUGUAGUUGUGCCCUGUUACGACUAAGUACACCAGCAAUGUGUGUGUAAAUUUUAAGUAUAUAGAUUCACUAUUUAAACUUGGAUUCACGUUCUAUAAUAAAAUCUGUCUGCGAUAUUUGGAAGAUCUGUAAAAAUCUUUUGAAGAAAAAAAAUAUAUAUAUAUAUAUAUAUAUAUAUUAAUCUA